ACGCUGCUAGGAGGAAGAGCUCGAAGAAAGCAACAGAAGGGUUGAAGAAGACAUGGCUGAACUGUCACUGUACCUCACAAAUGUUAACGUGUCUCUUGGACAAGGUGUGGACACAGAGAAGAGUUCUGCAGUGGUGAAGGAGUUUGAAAAUGUUGAACUUGGAGAUCUGGGCAAAAAGAAGCCAAAGAUUCCUCGCAGAACAAUCUACUUUGCAUCUGGUGAAACCAUGGAGGAGUACAGUACAGAUGAAGAGGAGGAAGAACCUCCAGAGAAAGCGAAAACUUUAAGUACAAGGGAUCCAUCAAAGUUGACCUGGGGUCCAUACGUCUGGUUCCAAAUGUGGAGAGUGGCUACCUCAACCAUCUCAGUUUGUGACUAUCUUGGAGAGAAAAUGGCCUCACUGCUGGGAAUCACGACACCAAAAUAUCAGUAUGCAAUUGAUGAGUACUACAGGAUGAAGAAAGAGGAGGAGGAAGAAGAGGAGGAGAACCAUCUCUCUGAGGAGGCAGAACGUCGUUUUGAGGAGCAGCACAAUCAGGACGGCCAGCAGCCAAAGAUCGAGCAACCAGAAGGAACUGCUUCUUUUGUGAAUGUGACCUUUGAACUGGAGCAGGAAUCACAUGCUAUACCUGAUGCAAAUAAAGUGCCUGCCCCCAUUCCCUCCUAAAAUACUGUUCGGUUUAUUGAGCAUAUUUGAUGGUUUUUACCAUAUUAACCUUAGGCAUGAGGUGUGUUAGGUUCCUUUUUUGGAGGGGAAAGUUUAUCUUACACGAAGUUGAACAUGAAGGUAACAUGUAUGUAACAUAUGCAUAGCUGACAAUGGUUCUGCUUAGAACGUAGAACCGUUUUAAUUAUCAUUUUACAAAGUCAUACAUAAAACUACUAUGGAAGCUUAUUUCUAAAACGGAAUAAAAAAAAA